AUGACACAACAAGUUCUAUUAGUAAACACUGAGUAAACCACUUUCACUUUACGUUGACAACGCAGCACAGUAGUACGUACACAUACUUACUUUCUGCAUAUACCGGUAACCUGGAAAGCAACAUAUCAACGACGCUUAUCUGUAACCAUGGCUAGAAGUGGAGACACAUCAGAUACGGCUUCCUUGCUUUCUGAAUUAGGAUCUAUUCUCACAGCCCCUGCAAAUGGCAUGCUGAUGGCACCCUCAAGAGCUUAUGAUGAAGUCUGGCCCGGGCUCUAUGUUGGCGAAAGAAGUACAGCAAUGAACAAAGCUGGCCUGAAACAUAUAGGUAUUACUCAUAUAUUGAACACUGCCGAAGGAAAAGGAUUUGGGCACGUCAGUACGAACGAGGCGUAUUAUAAGGAAACUGGCAUUGUGUAUAAAGGUAUAAAAGCAUCUGACGUCUUGGGAUUUAAUCUAAAACCAUUUUGGCAGGAAACUGGCGUAUUCAUUCACGAUGCGCUAAAAGAAAAUGGGAAAGUAAUGGUUCACUGCGUUGAAGGAUUCAGUCGUUCUGCUAGCACUGCCAUUGCAUACUUGAUGAUGUACCAAGACAUGACAGUACAAGAAGCAACGCGAACUGUCAGAGCUAAACGUGAAAUUGGACCAAACAGUACUUUUCGAAAACAACUAUGUGAACUCAAUAGGGAGAUAACACUGUCAAGAAAAGACAAUGUGGUUACACCAAGUAUUGAAGUGAACGAUGCUACAGAGCUCUAAUAAUUGUCUAUGAUUUUUAAUAUUGGAUAUCAAUAUAGCAUAAUAUGUUUGUACCCU